AUGAUCAGAGUCAAAAUCAAAAAUAAAAUAAAAUGAUGAGGAACAUUUCAUGUCCGUACAUUUGUCUUUUGUUGUAUUACAUUGAUCUCCAUCUAUCCGAUUAAAGUUUUCUUUCGAAAAAAAUGAGAUUCAAAAGAUUUGAACAAAAUUUUAUUAUAUAUGGUUUUUAGAUUUGAAAGGACAAACAGGUAGGAAGAAAUGGCAAAAUCAAGGGGGGAUGAGAAGGAGCUACAGCGAGCAUGUGAAGCCGCAAUCGAAGGCACGAAACAAAAGGUUGUAAUGUCGAUUCGUGUUGCAAAAAGCCAAGGUGCAUGGGGCAAAGGAAAAAUUGGAAGCAAAGGCAGUCAGGUUGCUAAACCUAGAGUUCUUGCCAUCUCUACCCACGAUAAAGGUGGACGAACUAAGGUAUUCCUUCAUGUCUUAAAGUAUACGAAUGGAGAAGAACUUGAGCCUGCAAAAAUAUAUAAGCUGAAACGUCUUGCAAAGGUUGAGGUCUUAACUAAUGAUGCAAGUGGAUGCACAUUUAUGCUGGGUUUUGAUAAUAUUAGAAACCAAAGAGUUGCUCCUAUUCAAUGGACCAUGCGCAAUCUUGAUGACAGGAAUCGUCUUUUGGUCUGUAUUCUUCACACUUGCAAGGAUGCACUAGGCCAUCUACCAAAAGUUGUAGGUGUCGACAUUGUAGAGUUAGCUCUUUGGGCCAAGGAACAUGCAUCAGAAGGUUCUAAGCAACAGAACCUGAAAGAUGGAUCUGCCGGAGAUGUGCUUUCAGAAGUUAACUCAGCUGUUGAAAAUGAUCUUGUGUCACAAGCAGAAGAAGAGGAUAUGGAAGCACUUCUAGGCACGUAUGUCAUGGGCAUUGGGGAAGCAGAACUCUUUUCCGAAAGGUUAAAACGAGAACUUCAUGCUUUGGAAGCAGCCAAUGUGCAUGCAAUUUUGGAAACCGAACAUUUGGUAGAUGAGGUGUUGCAUGGGCUUGAGUCAUCGAUAAUAUAUGCUGAAGAUAUGGAUGAAUGGUUGGCGCUUUUUAAUGUUAAGCUCAGACAUAUGCGAGAAGACAUUGAGGCGAUAGAAACACGCAACAACAAACUGGAAAGGCAAUCCAUAAAUUACAAAGCGUUGGUUGUGGAACUGGAAAAUCUUCUUGAAAAACUUCAUAUUCCUCAUGAGAUUUCAGAUAGUCUAGCAGGAGAUUCCUUUGAUAAUUCAUCCAUUGAUAAAUAUAUUGAAGCAUGUGACUGGCUAAGAGAUGCUUUGCGUGGUUUCGAUGCUUUGGAUCCAAGCUAUGCAAAAACUAAAGCCGUCAAGGAAAAGAGGGCAGAACUUGACAUAAAUAAACUGACUUUUGUUCGAAAGGCUGGUGACUUUUUGAGAGACCAUUUCGUCCAAUCGGUGGAUAUGUUGAUGAAUGAUAAAAGAAACUUCUCCCAGCGUGGGCAACUAAAGAAGCCCGACCAUGCUGAUCUCCACAAUAAAUGCAGGGUUUAUGUUCGUUUGUUGCAUCACUUGAAGAUUCUUGAUAGUAAUUGUUUGGCUCCUUUGAGGAAAGCUUAUUGCAGUUCCCUUAAUCAGGUUUUACGGCGUGAGGCGCGUGAUUUUGCUAACGAGCUUCGUGCUGGUACUAAAGCUCCAAAAGUUCAAAGUGUAUGGUUUGAAGGUCCCUCCCCCAACCAAAAUGUGGACACAUCUAUGAUAUCUGAAGCUUAUUCCAAUAUGGUAGCAGUAUUUAUCCCUCUCCUCGUCGAUGAGAGUUCAUUUUUAGCUUUUUUAAUGCGAUUUGAGGUUUCUUCUGAUGAUGAUUUAGACAUGGAGGCUGAUGAAAAUGGCACCAAAGGUACAUUGGAAAUGGGGGCAUUAAAUGAGUCACUCCGUGAUUUACUAGAUGGGAUUCAAGAGGACUUCUAUGCAACUGUGGAUUGGGCACACAAGAUUGAUCCUCUGCUGGGCAUAUCAAUGUAUGGUGUAACAGAAAAAUAUCUUACUGAUAUGAUAGCGGAAACAGCUGGAUAUGUGCGCCUCUUACUUGAUGCCUUGGAAGAUAGAAUUACUACACUAUUUACCCGUUUUGUUGAAGAUGCCCGUCACCAGAUAGAAAAGAAUGACAAAAAUGUUAAACAGACGGGUGUCAUGUCAUUCGUACCCAGAUUUGGAUUGCUUGCUACCCGAAUGGAGCAGUAUAUUCAGGGACAAUCCAGGGAUUUGGUUGAUCAGGCAUAUAUAAAAAUUAUUGGCAUGAUGUUUGUGACUCUAGACAAGAUUGCGCAGGCAGACCCAAAACACUCGGAUAUUUUUCUAUUAGAGAACUAUGCUGCAUUCCAGAAUAGUCUAUAUGAGUUGGCCAAUUGUGUACCAACGUUGGCUAAAUUUUAUCAUCAAGCAAGUGAAUCCUAUGAACAAUCUUGCUCACGUCAUAUCAGUGUGAUCAUAUACUAUCAAUUUGAACGUCUUUUUCAGUUUGCUCGAAGAAUCGAGGAUUUGAUGUUAACUAAUGCGCCAGAAGAGAUUCAAUUUCAAGUUGGCAUGUCAAAAUCAGAUCUUAGAAAGGUGGUAAAAUCUAGUUUAACAGGGGUAGACAAGCACAUCACAGCAAUGCAUAAGAAACUGAUGAAAAACUUGACUUCUGAGGAAUUAUUGCCUACAUUAUGGGACAAAUGCAAGAAAGAAUUUCUGGACAAGUAUGAUAGUUUUGCUCAGCUUGCCUCCAAGGUCUACCCGAAUGAAAAUAUUCCAUCUGUACCAGAAAUUCGAGACCUUUUAGCAUCAAUGUAGAGUUGCAUUGCAUUUGAUUUCGUCAGAGAAUCCAUUUCAAAGUCGGGAAGUCGAUCGAAGAUUGAUGGGGUUCAACAGGGUGCAUGGAACAUGAAAUUGAAGUUUGGUCUCUCAAUCUUGUUCGAGACCUUGUGGAUGGAAUAUUGCAUGUUUUCACAUAUGGCCAUAUAUAAUUGUUUAAAUCACUUGUAUCUUAAAUUGCUAUCUAAUUUUACCUUUAAUUUUCUUCACUUUUACGAUCAUUUGACCUUUUUAGUCUUGCUAGAAGAAAAUAGCAUUCUAUAUGACUAAAUAUCACAUAUCUUUUGCUGCAAUUAAUUCUUCAAAUUCAAAACA